UACGAUUGUGAGUGAUUCAUUGAAAAGAUCUGAGAUGCAUAUCCUACUCAAAACUUUAUAUCUCCACUUAUACAGCUUAUUUGGUUGUUUUAUAGCCCUUUGAAAAGAGAUCUUGAAUCGAUCUUUUAAUAAAUUAAUAAAUUGAUACAUCUGGAUGUGGAAAAAAAGACCCAAGUUCUUUUACCUAGAAUGUGCUCUCUCGCACAUCAUUGCUUUCCUUCAACUACCAAAUAUUGGUAACCUAACCAUGAAUGUUUAAUCCUCACAGGCCCUGCUCAAGUGGAGAUGUGACCCUUUGAAAAUAACAUACAUUGUAGCUGAAAAUUGAAUUUGGGGGCAGGAAUAAAAAAAGGAAGCCUGUAUGCAUUAGAUGCUUAUUAAAUAUUUUAUUUAGGUGUUUUGAACUGAAGAAUGGACUGAUUGUUAUAGAGUACCAGAUAGGUAGAUUUCAAAAAUAUGGUUCAUUAGGUAAAAGAUUAACAUUUAUACGAGUUUCAAGAUAUAAUGAAAAUCACUCUAAAUUAAAAAAGAAAUACAAAAAGGCUAUUAAUCCUUUGAAAUACAAUUUUGGAAGAAAGUCUUUAGCUGAAGGUAAAAGGGCAAACAGAUGAAAUACAUCAGCCAAAUUGUAUCCAAUUUAUCAGCCAAAUUAUAUCCAAUUCUAUGAACCUUCACCUAACCACUUUGUUUUUGGUGCAUAAAAAAAACUUUUUUUCUGCUAUUUUAGUGUGUACAUCAUAAAUGAUGAUAAAUUGCUCAUUUUUAUUAUGAUGUAUGAAAUGCACAAGUAUAUCUACACAUACAUGUGUGACAUUUUACAUUCAAGACCUCUGUCCUUGUCACACCCCAUGCUAGAUCUGUCAUUUUUUGCACGACUUUUGUUCAGGUCAAGUCCUAUUACCCCACUGAUACUCUUACACAAAUGUUAAAGUCAUUAGUGGAUUCCAAUUAUCACUCGAAGACAGGAAAUCGCAGUUAGGACAAGGUGAUAAUUGAUUCCUGUCACAUUAGUGUCUAUAAAAAUAUGUAAUUGCCUGCAUUUACCAUAACAAUUUUGGGCAUGUUUGAACCAGGUGCACACUUUGUGUAAAACUUGCAACUAUUUCUGUAGUGUUUACAUGUAAAACUUAAGUUUUGCAUUAUCUACAUUUUUUCUGUAUAUUUUUAUUAUUAUAUUUUUUUUUUUUAAUUAGUUUUAUGCCAUUUUGGGGCUUAUGUGCUUAAUGAACACAGCUUUGGAUUCACAGGAUGCUAAGAUCCCCCUGGAUUCCUCAUGCUAACAAGCUGUGAGACUGCCAGUGGUAUUGGCAACAAAAGAAUAUGGAAUAUGUUGCUCAGAACAUUGGUAAAGUUAGCGAGAUACUCCCUACUUGCCCAAUGCAAAACAAGCAGUCUCUGUAUAAACCAUGAUAUGUACAUCCUUGUUAAUUUACUUAGACAAUUGCUUUACCAUAGUCCAUUCCUCAUUAUUAUGUGCUAUAUUUUUAUCAAUAUUUCUAGUAUUAAGAUCUUCAACAUCUUAAUGGAGACACAAGUUUUGCAGUUAUCAGUGUUACAUUAAGUGUUAUGGAACUUUAUUCACUGUCACAGGCACUGGAGUUGCUACCCACCACAUCUAAGGUGAAAGAAAUUCUUGUAUUCCUUGAAAAUGUCUUGGAGGAUCGAGCAGCAGAAAAGAGAAAUGCUCAAGUUCUCAAAGGACUCAUAUUCCAAGAACAUUUAAUGGUUCAGAGUCAGAGAAUGUUUUACCAAAAGAAAAAAUGCAUUAUAACUGAAGAAAAGAACUGCAGAGUUUGCAGGAAAAGAAUAGGCAACAGUGCCUUUGCUCGAUACCCCAAUGAGGUGGUGGUCCACUACUAUUGUUGUAAGGAUCCAAAUGUUUGCCCUAACAUAGACUGAUGGGACAACAGACUUCAGCAACAUCUUGUAGACUCUGGAAGCCCCUCAUUAAGAUGAAAAAAAACAUGUCAUUAAAUACUUUUGGCAACCAAUUGCUACCAAAAGACUUGAAAAGUCUGCAGCCUACAAGUACAUGUACAUUUGUAUAAACCGAUGGACAAUGUAUGUUAUAUCUGAUGCAGGGAUUGGUAAAUAUUUGUGUUGUUUAAAACACAUAAUUGUCUGUGCUGCCAUAAUGGGCAUGUGAGCUCAUAGUGCAAUAUCCAAAAAUGUUGGCAAGUAGCAAACAUUUUGGUAUCAAGAUCACAGUAUAUAUUCAUACAGGCUGAACUGUCACAUAGACCUUUCUCACAUAAAGUGGAACAGUUUCUUGUACAUGUUUAUAUACAUAAGCUAUGGGAGGUUUCUUUUAAAAGCCACACUGUUCUGAUCAUAAUAGUUCUGGUUAGCUAACGUAGGGGCUCUGUUUAAGUUCCUUUGCUAUGUAAUAGCCAGGCUAUUAUAUUGUCAGUCUCUCAAACCGAAGAUGUACAGGAAAGUAUACCAUUCAAUGUGAAAAGGGCCUUAGGUUGACAGUUCAACUUGGAACUCUUUCUUGUGCGUAUCUGUUGGAUUACAAGUGAACACCAUGCUAACAGUCUGUCCUGCCAAAGACAGAAAGGGUUACAUGUAUCUUCAGUAUUCACAAUGUAAAUUGUUUAUCAUCUAUGACUACAAGUCAGUUAAUAUCUCCCUAGGGAGCAACAAUCUCUUUGUUGUGGUAGCAAGCAGAUGCUCCCACAGAAUGGACUCUCCAUGCUCACAUCUGAUUAUAUAUAGUCACGGUAUGAUGACAUUUUAAAAGCUGUAUUUCAGUAAUAUAUCUGUCCCUUGAAUAACACCACAGUGGGUUAAGACCCCAUUCCCAUACCUAGAUUGAUCUAGCAGGAUUGACCCAUCUCUGAGGGGUUUCUUGCUAAAUUACA